GCCACUUCCGGUUUAGGCGUAAAACAGUAAGGACUAGACAGACUACUGCUAUCUGAGACAAGCGGGAUUAAACUAUUGUUCCUGUUACUGGAUUCUUCGGAGACAUCUCUACGACUUCUACAGUUACGAAAAGAUGCCUAAGCUGAAGAGAUUUCGUAUGCGACGCCAGACGUUGAUCAACAAUGCUAAUAGAAAGAAGGCUGAGGCCCGUCUAACUGGUGGGGGUCCACCUCCUCUCACCCCAUCUGAGGAGUUGGCUCUUUCACUUAAUAAAGGUCGCCCUGUGGUCGACGGUAUUCCAGAGGGCACUUCGUCAGAGUUUGCUACCUCCCACAACAACUCAAGUGACUUGGUACAAUUUGCUGAUGGACCCAUUGUAUUAUUGGAUCCUCCUGAAACCACACAGUCUGUCACAAUUAAUGAUGAUGAAGAGACCACAUCUGCUGUGACUGAAUUAGAAAGUGAUGGGAGACCCACAGAGAAUCUAGCUGUGGAUGUACAUGCAGAUGAGGGUCCAUCUACCUCUACACUUAAUCUUAGCAGUUUUUCUGAAAAGGAGCUGUAUAAGGUCCAUCUAUUAAGGCAAAUAAAAAAAACUGACAUGGACAUGGACCUUAUACAGCUUCAGCUAGAGGAGAAAAGGCUGGCCAUUAAAAAGGCCAAACUUGAAAUAGAACUACUGGAGCAUCGCCUUAAGGUCAUCGUCAUCAGGACAGGGGGGAUGCCUCUCUCCUCUUAUUGUGGCAAUGUUGUGAAGUACCACACAAGCAACUGUGUCACAUGCCCUAUUUGGAGUGACCCUGAGCCCACGCCGACACUGAAACCUCGCCUUCAGAAUGCCUAUUGUCAUCUCCACCUUGGCCCGUGUUCUGCUGUGAGACAGGUUGAAGCGUGUCUGUGGUCCAGGCUUAGGAUCAGGGUAUCAGAAGGGUGCUCUCGCAUACUUUGUGGUUGAUAUGUGCCCUCGAUGCGCACUUUUGCAGACCCCACACUGAUGCAAGCUCUACAGCACAUCUUCUCGACAGUCAAAGCGAGGUUAGGGCCCUCUGGACGCUCUGGUCAAAAGCCUACCCCCAACCCUGUGGUGGACCGCCAACUGGCUGACGACCUGAAUGUGUUCUACUGCAGAUUCGAAAGGCCCAAUUUCACACCCAACAAGCACUCAGACCUUCACUUCACACAAACAUUAACACCAAGGUGUGGGCAACCCCCCUCCUGCUACACAACCUGCACUCAAGAUCUGUGAAGACGAUGUGUGUCAUGUCUUUCAGAAGCAAUGUCAAGGAAGGCUUCAGGCCCAGAUGGCGUCUCACCAGCGUGCCUUCAUUCCUGUGCUAACCAACUGGUCCCCAUCUUCACACAGAUCUUCAAUAGAUCACUGGAGCAGUGUGAAUCCCAUGCUGCUUCAAACACUUAAUUGUUAUCCCUGUCCCUAAGAAACCAAGAAUCACAGGACUUAAUGACUACAGACCUGUCGCCCUAACAUCUGUGGACAAGAAAUCAUUUGAGAGACUGGUUUUGGCCCAACUGAAGGACAUCACUGGACCCUUUCUAGAUCCCCUUCAAUUUGCUUAUCGAGCAAACAGGUCUGUGGAUGAUGCAGUCAACAUGGGAUUGCAUCACGUCCUGCAACAUCUGGACAGACUGGGGACAUACGCUCGGCUUUCAACAACAUCAUCCCAGCUAUUCUCCGGACUAAGUUAAACCAACUCCCUGUUCCCAUGUCUAUCUGUCAGUGGUUUACCAGCGGCAGCAGCUUGUGAGGCAGGGAAAAUUCACUUCCACCACCUGUACCAUCAGCACUGGUGCCCCCCCAGGGAUGUGUGCUCUCCCCACUACUCUUCCCUCUACACCAAUGACUGCACCACCAAGGAUCCCUCUGUCAAGCUCCUGAAGAUUUCAGAUGACACAACUGUCAUCGGUCUCAUCCGAGAUGACGAUGAGUCUACCUAUAGAAAGGGUGGAGAUGAUUGUGGACUUUAGGAGGGAAACCCCAACAUUGUUCCCCCUCACCAUUCUAAACAGCACUGUUGCAGCAGUUGAGUCAUUCAGGUUCCUGGGCACUAUCAUCUCACAGGACCUGAAGUGGGAGUCACACAUUGACCUGCCACAGGUGCUGCUGAUACAGUUCUACAGAGCAGUCAUUGAGUCUGUCCUCUGCACUUCAAUAACUGUCUGGUUUGGUGCAGCUACGAAAUCAGACAUCAGAAGACUACAGAGGACAGUUCGGACUGCUGAGAGGAUUAUUGGUUGCCCUCUGCCCCCCUUCAAGAACUAUAAACUUCCAGAGUGAGGAAAAAGGCUGGUAAAAUCACUCUGGACCUCACUCACCCUGCCCACUACCUUUUUGAACUGUUGCCUUCUGUUCAAUAAAGCUGAUAAUUCUGAUUAUAUCAAGAAGGAUGUUGUUUUGUGACAAAGAAGAUAUUAAAGAUAUUUCUUAUCAUAGACCUAAAUGGUAAAUGGUCUGCACUUACAUAGUUCCUUUUUUAACCUUAGCGGUAUUCAAAUGACUUUACACUGCGUCUCAUUCACACACACUCACACACCAAUGAUGGCAGAGCUGCCAUGCAAGGCGCUAACCUGCCAUUGGGAGCAACUUGGGGUUCAGUGUCUUGCCCAAGGACACUUCGGCAUGUGGAAUCGUGUGGGCCGGGAAUCUAACCUGCGAUUUGUGUACAACCUGCUCUACCACAGCCCAUGGCUACCUAGUCUACACACUGUCCUGGAUUACACUCAGUAUUACAUACUGGGUAUACUGGGUCUGCCAAACGCAAUAGGAUUAAUUAAACAAUGCUGUAAAUUUUGUUUGUGUAGUUAAUUCAUUUAGCCUAUUUAUGUUUAUUUGUUUUCCUGUUGUGAUAUAAAAAAACGUAAAAAAAGCU